AUGGAACAGUUUAUCGGCAAAGUUUCAAAGUUUGCCAAAAAUAAAAGUGCAGAGUUUGGUCUAUUCAUUGGACUGGCACUGGUAGCUAUAGGUGCCCUAUUAAUUCUAGUGUUUCCGGUGAUGUUGGGUAUUGGAUUGGAUAAUAAUUUUAAGCUCACAGAAGGCAAGUAUAUAUUUGACAAAUGGCGUGAAUUGCCGAUCCCAUUGACCACAAAAGUCUAUUUAUUUGAUAUCCAAAACCCGGAUCAGUUUAGCAAAGGAGCCGUUCCCGUAGUUAAAGAGUUGGGUCCUUAUGUUUACAAGUCUAAAGACAAUAAUCGUGUAAAAUAUUACGAAACAUUAAAAUUUGUAUUUGACCCUGAACUCAGCAAUGGUAGACUCACUGAUAAAGUGACCAUGGUCAAUGUACCACUACUAUUGAUAUUUUCGAUAAUAGAUUCAGCGGUUGAAAAGUUCCCAUUGACAGCUGUAGUGACUCCCAUAGUUAAUAAUGUUGUCAAUGCAUUGUUGGCCACUCAUAGGGAACGGCUUAUCGAGACCCGUAUGGUUGGCGAAGUAAUUAAUGGCAGACAUUUGGCCGUAUUGGAUACCAUUGACAUUGUGGCCAAACCGUUGCGACUGAUGGGUCUACCGAUUCCCGAAUAUGGUAUAUCAAUGUAUAAGCUCAAAAAUAAUAGGUACGGGUUUCUUAGUAUGCGCAACAAUACACGUUUUGGACCGUUUGAACAGUUUACUGGUGAAACUCAAGCCAAUCAGUUUAAUAAGUUUGCCUCAUAUAAGGACAGUAGUCGUUUAGGAAUUUAUAGACACUCGACAUGCGAUGCCAUCAAUGGAAGUGACGGUUCAUUUUUUGGCACUUUCCUCGACAAUACCCAUCCAUUGUAUUUGUUUAAUUUGCACGCUUGCAGGUCAUUCCGUAUUGAUUAUGUCGGCGACUCAUCAGUGGACGGUAUUUCCACAUAUCGUUACGAGUUUCCCGAUAAUAUAUUCGACGGACCCGACUAUCAAAAGGAUAACUGGUGUUUCUGUCCAAAGGGUACCGACCCUUACAAAUGUCACGGAAUGUACGACAUGUCACACUGUUUGUCGGGCAUACCGUUUGCCAUGACUUUCCCACAUUUUCUGAACGCCGAACGUUUUCUGACGGCCGUACAUGGACUCAGACCCGAUCGGGACAAACAUAAAGGAUAUUUCAAUAUUGAACCGACAUUGGGCACAACACUUGAAGGUAGCGGUAGGUUUCAGAUAAAUCUUAAACUGAAGCCAUUUACAUUUGUUCCCGGAUUAAGUGACUUUAAGCCAACACUUUUACCUUAUUUAUGGAUCGAUGAGGGUGCCCAACUAAAUGGUUGGCUAUUCACUUUUGUUAAGGUCGGUUCCUAUACAAUAAACGGAGCACACACUGCAUCUAUUAUGGCAAUAAUGAUGGGAUUAGGUAUGAGCCUAAUGGCCGGGUUUAUGAAAUAUAAACGCAAGAAAAAAAUUAAUGUCAAACCUGUUAAUGAUUAUAACAAUCCCACUAUUAAUAUCAUCACCACUCCAGACAAAGACAACAAAAACAACACGAUUGGCAAUUCAAGUGAUAAUAAUAAUAUUGACAACAAAUCGCUUAGAAGUUUCCAAAGUAUGGAUGAUUUCAAAGAACUAAAUGUUAGCGAACUGUCCGAUCAAAUGAGUCAAACUCCUGUUUCCAUCAACACCAACAACACAGCUGCCCAUUUGACCAUCCAUUCACCCGAUGUAGAGGCAGAUAUGCAAACACUGGCCGGUCAGUUGUUUAUAGACAACUCAGUACUGGCCACCUAUUCCGACGGCCAUAAAGAGCGUAUAUAUCCGGAAUUAGUACAAAUCAAUCGGGAAGUGCAUACUCUAGUCAAGACAGUCGAUAUUGAUAUGGAUAUACCUAUCAAUGACAUCCCUGACUACAUAAUAAACAAUACUCAAAAUAAACGCAAAAUAUCGGCGGACAGUCAAAAAAGUAAUGUUUCCCAUCACGGGGAACAACAACAGUCUGGCCACACGUCACGGAGUGAACUAACAUUACCGCCCGUAGAGGACGAGGAGAUACAUACCACUGUUAUUAUGCAACGCAAACCGUACGGCAAUGAAGUGAUAGGACGUUAA